AUGGGAUGGGUGUAUAAUGCCACGCCCGAGGUAGAUGCCGCAUCCGAGUAUCGGCUUAUUCUACCAGUAUGUAUAAUUCUCACUGUUUUGAUGGUGAUAAUUGUCAGUCUGAGACUGGUCAUACGAGCGACUUUGGCACCGUCCGACUAUAUAAUGGUCGUAGGAUUGGUAUUCAGUGUUGUAUACAGUGCUUUAUGUAUAGCGCAAAGUCGAUAUGGAUUGGGAUUACCGUUGAAACUGCGCCCUGAAGCUGACUUAUCAACUUAUACAAAGCUCAACUAUGCAGGAAGGCCAUUUUAUCAAUUGGGUAUCGCUACUUUUAAGGCCUCCCUCUGCUUGAGCUAUCUUCGAUUACUCUCUAGGACGUCAAAAACAAGUUACAGAAAGGUAAUUUGGGGUGUGAUCCUGCUAUCAACUUUGGGACAUAUUGCAGGAACCUUGGCGUUGAUCUUCAACUGCACGCCGGUUCAACGAGCAUGGAAUCCGUCUAUCCAUGGUACUUGCCUCCCUACCGGCACAACCUUCUAUACACUGGCAGGGUUUACCGUAUUUUGUGACGUUAUCAUCCUUGUCCUACCGAUUCCGCUCUUACUCCAGCUGAAUAUCAAACCGGCUCAGAAAGCAGGUGUCGUAUGUCUGUUCAUGCUGGGUCUGUUCACUACAGCGUGUUCGAUCCUCCGCCUGACUCAGAUCCACAGAAUUGCAUGGGGAGAUGGAGAUAGUACAUUGUUGGUGCUAUGGGGUGUGAUUGAAUUCAAUGUCGGGAACAUUGUUACUUGUAUUCCAUACUUGGCGCCUCUAUUCAAGCGCUUUGUGCGAGACUUCCGCUCAACAAGCGGUCGCAAGUACUAUGAUGAAAGCGCGAGAGGUUACGUGCUGAAGAAUAAUUGGUCCAAAGAUCAGCGUUCACAACUACAAUCGAAUGCAUCAGGACCCUCACAAUUCAAACAGACACCGAGCGAAGAGUUAAUUCUUUCCAGUCGGGAACCAUGUCAUGGUGGUAUCGAGAUGACUGUGGAGUAUCGGGUAUCUCUAGACUCGAACAGAGAGCGAGAUGGAAAAUAG